CUAUAUCAUUGUGCUUGGCACCCACUCCGAAAGCAUUUUGUAGGUACGUUCUCGCGGCGGAAAGGCUGCAGCCAAACGCCCUCCGAGUUUAGACCUCGGUAAUGCUGGCCCGAGAGUCGAAUACCUCAACAUCUCUCCCCCAAAAAGCUCGAUGUCAUUGAACAGCAAACAACUAUAAGCGCAUCUGUUCCGCUCGGGCAUUGCAGACUGUGGCCUACGGACGAGGCUGCAGGAUAAGCUACACGCCGUCGAUUACUAUCCGUGAUCGUUGAAAGACCGCGACAUCUGCGGCACAAUCUAUUGAGCAUUCAGCCAAACGUACUGCCAAUCCACCAUGAAAGCCGUCCAGAUCACAAAGUUCGUGGACUCAUUCUCCGAGCUCGCAGUAACAGAUAUCCCUUCCCCGAAACCGAAGUCCAAUGAAGUUCUCGUACACAUUACACAUAGCGCGCUCAAUCAUGUGGAUCUCCUCUACUCCCGUGGCAAACAUCAGAACAAUCACAGCGGCUUGGUCAAGCCGCCUUUCGUGCUUGGCCUCGAGUUUGCAGGUGUGAUCGCAUCAGCACCAUCGGUUUCUGGCUUUAAAGCUGGCGACAAGGUCUGGGGUGCCAGUGUUGGCGGAUUCGCCGAACAGAUCGUUGUUCCACCAUCGGCCUUGCAAAGGCUACCCACCGGAUGGUCGUUACAUGAUGUGGCGGGUCUUGGUGGUGCGACUGCACCGGUGAGCUACGGAGCACUUGCCAGAGUUGCCCAAGUCAAGGCCGGUCAAAUUGUGCUGGUCCACGCCGCCGCUGGCGGACUGGGUGUUGUUGCUGUACAGAUUGCUCAUGCCCUUGGUGCUAAAGUGAUUGGGACGGUGGGUAGCGAGGCCAAGGCUGAGGUCGUUAGGGGUUUAGGCGUUCUGGGGGUGGUACGCUACGACAAAGAUGGCUGGGAGAAGGAGGUCCUGAAACUCACGGAUGGUGUGGGCGUCGAUUCGGUGUAUGAUACGGUCGGUUUGGUAGGGAAGAGUAUCAAGUGCCUCAAGUUCGGUGGGAACAUUGUGAUUGCUGGGUUUGCUGGGCUAGGUGGGAAAAUGGAGACGCUGGCGAUGAACCGUGUCCUGCUCAAGGGUGCGAAGCUGCUUGGAUACAGAUUCGGUGAGACUGGACGACGAGAUCCGCAGGAGAACGAAGAGGUGUGGAACGGUUUGACCACAAUGCUUGAGAGCGGCAUGAUCAAGCCGGUCAUUUAUGGGACGUAUCGUGGCUUGGAAAGUGUGUCACAGGCUAUGGAUGAUCUUGCCUCACGAAAGAUAUGGGGCAAGGCUGUCGUCGAGAUCCAACCCCCACCAACUAUGGCUGCGAAAUUGUGAGCCUGAAAGACAAAGCAUUCAGUUCAUCACCAGACCCCCAUCGACAACGAGCUGCUGCCCGGUGACGCCAUUUGCCCAAGGGCUCGCAAAGAACAACACGGCGCCUGCCAGGUCGUCUGGUGUCGUGACCUUCCUUAGUGGUGUGACGGCUCUG